UGACCUUGUAAUACAUGUUUGAUAUAAUAUUUUAUGUUUAUAUUCGUUAUUUUGUUUCGACAUUUGCUUGAGCAGCAGUAGCAUCGUCGACGGCGGCAACAUCUGGCGCAGAUUCAUGAGGUGGCGGCACCCCUUCCUCCAGCGGUAGCGCCGCAUGCUCUUCCGCCCCUGGCUCGUCUUCCAAGUGAGCGUCUGCAGCGUCUACUAGGGGUCGAUGGCUGACAGUCGUGAAGUCGAACUCGGCUUCGCUGCCGCUGUCUUCAUCUAGUUGUUGCAAGCUCGUAGGCAGUUCAAACUCUGCUUCACCUUCGUCUUCAAUGUGAAAGCCCCCUCGAGGUCUCGCAUCUUGCCCGCCGCUCUCCUUGGGUGGUCCCGAAGCUCGUUGUUCCUUCAACAAUGCAUCUUCGUAGUCCUUCAUGGCCACCCAUUGUUCAUGUGCCGUGGGAGGAGCCGGCACGUCUUCUUCAGGCUCUCCGCGUUUGCGUUCCUGCUGUCGAAGGUCUGCAAUGAACGACGACACCGCUGCCUUCUUGGCCAAAGCCUCUGUUUUAUCGACCAGGUCUUCAAAGUUCAAGCCGGGGUAUAGCUCGUACGCCCACUCCUUGUACGCGGUGAUGAGCUCCCGCAACGCUUCACCUUCGUUUCCAUGCGUCACUGCCCGAUUGAAAUGGGUUGGGAACGUUGAGUACACCAAGGACAACCCUCGCGGCCCCAGCAAGUGCUGCUCGGAGAAGGUGGCCCGCUUCUUCGUGACCUUGAGCGGCGCUGGUUCGUCGUCCUUGUUCUCUUCAUCCAGAGGUGCAUCUUCCUCCGUUAUAUCCAACGCACGGUCCCUCUUCUUUGAUGCGCUGUCGCCAUAGCUUCCAAGGACCGCCGAACUGUCUUCCCAUCCCGACAUGUUGCGCGGCAAAAUUGGAGUAUUAAAAAACGCGGGGAAUUGGACAUAUUAAAAUAUGGAGGAGGUAUUAUAUUUU